GAACCCUUCGGCCCAUCGCAUUUCGGUGUAGUCGGUGUUCUGGCGUUGACGUGUACUGACUGCGGUCACGUUGCGGGGUGAAUCGUCGUCGCACUCGCUGCGUUCAUUGCCUUUGCCGGAACAUUGCGGUGAUAACUUGCCGUUGUUGCCACAUCAUGUCGAAGAGCUAGUUCUCGGUUUUGGUGUAGUUUGAGUGAUUCCUUGUGAGGGUAAUGCUACCGGUUCCACCUAGCAGUGGAGCAUUAGGGUUUGGUGCUGGACACUAAUCUCCUGGUUGGAGUGAGCGGGACGGACCGCGAGCGGUGUUUUGGCGUGGGCGGCAGCGAGAACGCGGACGAAUCCAGGGUUGUGGCUGUUGUCGGAGUGUGAGAGCGCGUGGGAGAGAGCAGAUUCUUGUGGAUUACAUUCUCUUGAGGGGUUAGGUUUUUGGGCCGGAUUUUGUGGCGAAGGUGAAGUAGUGGUGUGGGAAGGGGAUGAAGGCGUGGAUGCAAUCGGGUCUACAGAGAGGCGGACACGUAGAGUGUCGGGACAGAUUCUGGCCUUGAGAUCAUAUGAGGGAUAUCACAGCGCCAGCAGCUCUGUUGAGCGGAUAGUUUUUACCGUUCUGUCUCAGGAAGUAGGAAGGGAUCAGAGAUUUAGAACUUGGGGUUGCGGGAUUGGUGUGUUGGAAUAGGGUCCCUGUUGGGUUGGAGGUAGAGUACACGGAGUGUUCUCAGCAGCGCGCAGGUUUCCUGGGGACAAUCAGAAGGUUCAAGAGAAGAUCAGCAGGGACCUCAAUUUAUUUUUGGUUGGUGUUUCCGUGGGCAACAUUAGAGAUCUUGUCUGUUAGUGACAUCAAGGGAAGGAAGAACCGAAUCGAGAUUGAAGAUUCUGUGAAAAAGGAAAAUGUUUUGGCGAGUGUCUGGUUUAUCAACCACUUCUCCGGUUGAGUCGGUUCUUGAUAAAGAUGCUUACACCCUGGAAGAGCUCCUGGAUGAGGAUGAAAUCAUCCAGGAGUGUAAAGCUCUCAACAGCAGGCUAAUCAAUUUCAUGCGUGCUAAAACGCAAGUUCAAGCGCUGCUACGUUAUGUAGUAGAGGAGCCACCCAAGGAACCCGAUAAUAAGCGUCAAUUUAAGUUUCCAUUUAUUGCGUGCGAGAUUUUCACGUGCGAGAUAGAUGUCAUUUUCAAGACAUUAGUUGAGGACGAGGAGCUCAUGAAUUACCUCUUUUCUUUUUUGGAGCCUGAUCGACCCCAUGGGACGUUGUUAGCAGGCUACUUUAGUAAGGUCGUUAUCGGCUUGCUUCUUAGAAAGACCGUUCCAGUCAUGCGGUAUUUACAAGCACAUCAGGAGGUGUUGAAGAAGUUGGUUGAUUUAAUUGGUAUUACUUCCAUCAUGGAGGUUUUGGUACGACUGGUGGGUGCAGAUGAACACAUAUAUGCCUUCCAUGUGGACUCAUUGCAAUGGUUGGCAGACACUGAUCUACUCGAGAUGCUUGUAGACAAACUUAGCCCACCGCAUUCUUCAGAGGUUCACGCAAAUGUUGCAGAGACUUUGUCAGCUGUUACCCGCAUUGCUCCAUCUGCCCUUGCUUCAAAACUUUCGAGCCCAAAGUUUGUGGGGCGCCUUUUUCAUCAUGUAUUGGAGGAUCCAGAGUCCAAGUCUACUCUUGUACAUUCUCUAUCGGUGUGUAUAUCUCUCUUGGAUCCGAAGAGAGCUGCCAGUGUUGCAGCUGCAGGACUCGCUCGUGGUCAGCACGCUGCCGAACCUCUGUCUACUGCAAAUCCGGAGACAGUCGAAGGGAUGCUUCAAAGACUAGGUGACUUACUUGCAGUAUUGGAUGUGUCAAAAGAUGAAAAGACGUUGCCGACAACAUAUGGACAGCUUCAGCCACCUCUCGGAAUCCACAGGCUGAAGAUAGUGGAGUUUAUUGCAGUUUUGUUAAGAGCAAACAGUGAAGGUGCUAGACACGAGUUGGUUAGCUCAGGAGCAAUUCAGCUGGUGUUGAAACUGUUUUUUGAUUACCCCUUCAACAAUAUGCUGCACCAUCAUGUGGAGAGUAUUGUAACUUCAUGCCUGGAGAGCAAUAACCAAAUAUUGGUUGACCACUUAUUUCAAGACUGUAAAUUUUUGGAUAAACUCUUGGCUGUGGAUGAGAACCCUUUUGCACCCGACAGUCGAGGAGAGCCAAAGCCAGCAGUUAGUAAGUCACCCACAAGGAUAGGUAGCAUGGGGCACCUCACUCGUCUCGCAAACAAAAUUGAUCAGACUUCUACUUCGAAUUCUAUUGUUCAAGGCCACGUACAGGCUAAUUCAAAGUGGAGUGAGUGGGUGCCCAAAGUUUUGCAGCAGCGGAAUCAGAUUGAGAAUGUGUUUCAGUGGUCUUGUGGACGGCCUGCAGCUGUCCAGGAUCGCCAACUGGAUAGCGAUGAUGAUGAUUUCAGUAAUAGAGAUUAUGACAUAUCGACUAUGGCCAAUAACAUAAAUCGUGAAGUUUAUCAUUACGGCAUGUUCGAUAAUGAUGAUGCUGAAGAGGGUCACGGGGCAAUGGAUAGAGAUGAGGAGGACAUGUUUUUUGACGAUGAAUCUGCUGAGGUUGUCAUUUCUUCGCUUCAACUUGGUGAAGAGCAAGAUAGUGGUAGGGCAGACAGUAUAUUCGGUUCGAACACCAACUGGUUUGCGUUUCAAGAUGAUUUUACUAAGUCAACAGAAGAGUCUACUCCAACAUUCCUUGUAACAUCUUCGUCUUCUCGGGAUGAGGAUGGGCCAGCUGCAAAUGCUGUCUCUCCCCCUAAAAACAGUGGGGAUAGCAGCUGCGACGACGGAGUGGUUCUAGAGGAAAGUGAAGGUCUCGUGGAUAAUGUCACUUCGGCUCGUGAAAAGGCUAACUUGAAUGUUAAAGUUGAGCCCAAUCUUCUCAAUGAAGCGAACAACAUGAGCAAUGGCAGUCCAACGUACCAGUUUUUAGAUGAUACAGAAAUAAGUACAAAACUUGAAAUGGUUGAUUUGUCGGGCAAUCUCUCGUUGUUUCAGUCGCAACAAGAAGAUUCUUCUGCCGUCCAUAUGGAGCCAGCUGGAGAGGCACCUGGUUCGCCUGGAGUGAAGAGUAAUACGCUUUAUUCUGGAGUUACAACUGCUCCUGCUGACCUCGUGCAUGAUCUUGUUCCAGGUGAAGGGCGUAUGAUUAAUCCAAUAACAGGUGAAGAAAUCGCAGGAAUAGAACCUGAUGGUACAAUCAAAGCCAUGGAAAAAAUGUUGAGAGAGGGAGUUGUAGGUGAGGCCGGACCCAUUUUAAAGGAUGUUCAUCACGAAAGUGAGUUAAAUCCUGUAACAAAGGAUUCCUCUACUGAUGGCUCGGACUUCAACGACGUGAAUUACUGGCGUAAUGAUUACUCACAGUCAGUUGAUGAGGAUUAGUUGUGAGAAUUUGUAAUCCUGUUUAGUCUGGUUUGUAUAUCUCUGAUGGGUACGACUUACCCAUUUGCAUGUAUUAGGAGGGCUUACUUGAAGCCAGUUCUAUAGCCCAGUUAUCCUUCCAUUAGUGUGUCCAAUUACACCUUCAUAUCAGCAUUCAUUUGCUAGCAGCUUGGUGACCUGAUUAGUGAAGUCACCAAGCAAGAGGCUGUCCUCUCCCCCUUCUGCAAGUUUAUAUUCAACUUGCUUUCAAUUUUUUCUGAAACUACUUAACAGGGCAGGUGAUUGAUUGAGAAAGAUAUGAUGUUCCCAUUGCCAACAGAAACUCGUCUGUAAUGCUGUAUAUAGGUGGCUCCCAAUCAAUUA